UUAAAAUAACAGUCUAUUUUUGAGAGCGGUUGCGACUGGUUGUUCUUUGCGGAAGAAUUUGGUGAAGUCCUCGACGAGAGUAGUAUCCUGUGGUGCAUUUUUUUGAAGAAAUUCAUUUGUAGUGGUGGAUUGCUCUCUGUGUGUGUAGCUCUCUGUUUCUGUAUUCGUGCGAGUGUCUGUUUGUGUAUGUGCAUUUUGCGAACAAGGAAAAGUGUCAAUAGAAGAAGAAAAAUCUCUGCUUUCGAGUGCGAAGAGCAACUUUAAAGAAACAAGAAAACAGCAAAAAAAAAAAAAGAGUCAAGCAAGUUAGCUAGCAAAAAGUAACAAAAGUAAAAGUUAAUAGAAAAUCUAACAAAAAAUUAAAAAUGGCAAGCGAAGUGGCCCAAAUACCCUCCGAGGAAACGCCUGCUGCAGUCGCAGCGUCGACAGAAAACCCAACAGCAGCCGCUGCUGAGCAGGAAAAACCUGCAGCGGCCGAGGAAAACGCCCAAGCGGCCGCUACUAACAAAGAAGAUGCCGCUGCCAACAAGCAGCAGGAGAAUGAAAACGCCCCAGCAGCUAACAAAGAGGAGGGCGGCAAAAGCCAGGAAAAUGCCACGGCCGGUGCAGCAGCCGAUGGGGAGGCAAAGAAAGACGAUGCCGCUGCCGCUGCUGCCCCAGCUAAAGCGGAGCCAGCGCCGCCAGCCCAAAAAUUCAAUGUGCAUAAAGCCAAUUUCGAAAAGGACAUCAUCUAUCUAUAUCAGUUCUCGAGGACUCCAUUGCUGCCAUCAUUGUCACCAUAUUGUUUGAAAGUUGAGACCUGGCUGCGUCUGGUGGGACUUAAAUACGAGAAUGUCGAUCAUAAGAUGCGUUUCCGUUCCAAGAAAGGUCAAUUGCCUUUCAUUGAGCUGAAUGGCGAGGAAAUUGCCGAUUCGGCCAUUAUUAUCAAGGAACUAUCAGCCAAAUAUGAGAAGAAUUUGGAUUCCGGAUUAACGGCUGAACAACGGAAUGUAUCGUACGCAACCAUUGCCAUGUUGGAGAAUCAUUUGAUUUGGAUUAUCUUCUACUGGCGUGCCAAGUAUCCCGACAAUGUGCUCAAGGGCUAUAAGGUCAAUUUGCAGCAUGCAUUGGGUCUACGUUUGCCCAACUCGAUUUUGAAUUUCUUUUUCAAAAUCACAUUCGGUCGCAAGUGGUUCCAGGGUACGAAAAAGCUCAAGGCUCAUGGCAUUGGCGUACACAGCGCCGAGGAAAUUGAGGAGUUUGGCAAAAAUGAUCUGAAGGUCCUUAGCGAGAUGUUGGACUGCAAGCCAUUCUUCUUUGGCGAUGAGCCAACCACAUUGGAUGUGGUUGCCUUUGCGGUGCUAUCGCAGCUUCACUAUCUGUCCAAGGAUAUUGCGUAUCCAUUGCGCGAUUAUAUGACUGAGAAAUGUCCCAAUUUGAUUGGUCAUGUCUCCCGCAUGAAGGACAAGUGCUUCCCCGAUUGGGAUGAGAUUUGCACGAAGCUCGAUCUGAAUGCCCACAUUCCCAAGCCAGAGCCAGAGACAAAGGAGGGCAAGGAAGGUGGCGAACAGGAGAAGUCAAAUGAGCAGGAAGGACCAGAUGGCGAUAAGAUCGAGAAGGAAUUGGAGAAGGACAAGUCGAACGAGAAGGAGUCGACCGAGGAGAAUAAAGAAAAGGAGGAGACAAAGUAAAGCGGUCGCCGUUGGAGUUAUAUAUAUAUAUAGUAUAUAUAUAUAUAUAUACUCAAAUAUAUAUAUAUACAUAUAUCUACAUAUAUAGUAUAUAUAUAUAUAUAUGAAAAAGGAAGAAGGAAAGAAAGUAAAAAAAAAACACCCCACAUACACAUUAUAUAUAUAUACAUAUGUAGUACGAUACUAUAUAGUAAGGCCCUAUAUAGCUAGGCGCUGAGCUCAUAUAUAAGCAUUCAGAAAAUCAGAAAAGCAUAAACCCAUUUACAACAUAGGACAACUGUAAAGCAAAAAAGAAAAACAUAAAAAAAUGACAAAAAAAAAAAGAAACAAAAAACAGGCAAAAAGAAACGAUCCACUAAAAUGAAAAAAAAAACGUAUAUACAAUAACGUAAAGUAAAAAAAAACUUUGGACAUCUUUUUUUUAUAUAUAUA